AUUUACUCUCACUACAAGAUUGGGUUUUGACAUAGAGUGGAGAAGAUAGAGUCGGAGUGCGCGAACAAUGCAAGGUGGGAGACAGAAGGUAGCAAAGAGAAGAUUGUAGACCGAGUCCAAAGACAGAAGGUCACAUAUCGAAUGUGAAUGACGCUAGGUUAAAGACAAAAAGCGAAGAAGCAUAAGAAAGAGCAACUUCCUCAAGAAAGACGGCCAUCAAACUAUUCUCAUAUCAAAUACCUUCAACAUGCAGCUUCUCAAGUUCUUUCUCCCACUCGCCAUGAGCGCACCUUUCUCAGCGGCGCAACCACUCGAUGAAAGAGCCAUCUCUUCGAGCUGGGCUGGAGUCAACUCGUACUUCCUCCAUGCCUAUCAGAAGGCCGAUCGUCUAGCUGUACUCGACGCGGUCAAAGACGCCAAGCUCAAGACACUGCGUAUCUUCAUCUCUCCCACGCCUCAGAACAACAAAGACACUGGUUCAGUCAACAUGCCCGAUAUCGAGCCACAGCAAGUCGGCACAUACGACGACACGCAGCUGAAGGCUAUCGAUCAGUUGAUGGUCGAGGCGCAUGACCGAGGUAUCAAACUCAUCAUUGCUAUGCAUGAUCGCUAUCAACUGGGUUGCUGGGGUAAUGAUACAUACGUGUCGAAAUACAAACUCCCUGCGAUCGACUGCGCGAGGACGCCCGCCGCUCAGAACGACGUAACGUUCUUCUACCAGGACGCUUCGCCCAUCUACGACUUUGACAAUCGCCUCACGCAUAUACUUCAGCAUAAGAACUCGUUAAUCUCAGGCGCACCGGCAUGGAAGGAUUUGUCAGACUACAUUUUCUCUUUCAACAUCCAGAAUGAGGGACAAGGGCAUCUGCGCAACAACAUUGCGCCUGCACCAGAAUGGUGGUGCAAUCGAAGCAAGAAAAUGCGAAGCAUCAUGGGCAGCAGCGCCAUCCUCAUCUCGACAGGCGGUGGAAACGAAUUCCCCAACUCCGACAUCCCCGAAAACUGGAGCUGCGCCACUCUCGACCUCGUCGACAUCCAUUCCUACAGCGGCGUGUCUGAAUGGCGCAACAAAGCGCCCAUCGCACUGCAGCAUGCUCAAGCCGCCAAGAAGCUCGUGUUGUUCGAGGAGUUUGGCGCGUCUGGUUCCAACAAGGCGAGCGUUGUGGGUCAGCAUAUCGACAUCUUCAAUGGGCUCAAGGUACCAUGGAUGAUCUGGCAGAUCAACAAGCCGGGUAAAGGCGCAGCGGACUUUGAGUUCUGGACGAAUGAGGAUACGUUUGGAGUCGUGAAGCAGGGAUCGGCUAAGGCAUUGAGUAUCUCGGCAGCUCAGACGUUUCCCAAUCUCGCAUAGCUUCACAUGCAGUGGACGUGCUCUGGGUAGAUAG